AUGGCAUAUAGAAUAGGUGUCGAUGUUGGAGGAACCAACACGGACGCGGCUAUUUUGGACCUCAAGGCCCUUGACGAACCCGGCCGAGGAGUCCUAGCAUCAUGGAAAGCAACAACGACCCCGGACAUCACCAGCGGCGUGGAAGCAGCCAUUAGAGAGGUCCUCGAUCAGUCCAAAGUUGAAAAGAGCCGCAUCCUCAGCGUCACCAUUGGAACAACACAUUUUAUCAAUUCUCUCAUUGAGGCCGAUGCCAGGAGACUGGAUCGAGUUGCUGUGUUUCGGUUGUGUGGGCCGUUCACGAGGCAGAUCCCCCCCUUUUCAGAUUUCCCCCUGGGACUUCGCGGCAUCCUUGAUGGAGGUGUUCACUACUUGGAUGGAGGAUUGGAGAUGGAUGGGAGAGAGAUUGCUCCUUUAAAUCCACAGCAAAUCCGGGAGGCCGCAAAAUCUGUUGUGGCCUCCGGCAUCAAUGCUAUUGCUCUGGUUGGUGUAUUUUCACCACUGGAUCACCAUGGCAUUCACGAAGAAGAGUGCAAGCAAAUCAUACUUGAAGCUGCCCCUGGAUUGCGAGUAGUUUGCUCCCACGAUAUAGGGCCUACUGGCCUUCUCGAAAGAGAAAAUGCCACAAUUCUCAAUGCUGCUAUUCUUAGGACGGGAGAAAAAGUUAAGCAUAGUUUUAAGCGUGCCAUGGCAAGUCUAAAACUGACAUGCCCCCUUUUCCUUUCACAAAACGAUGGAACCCUUAUCGAUGUCGAAACUGCCGCCAAGUAUCCUAUCAAGACCUUUGCAAGCGGGCCCACGAACAGCAUGACGGGAGCUGCAUUCCUCGCCGGACUCGACAACAAACCUCGGUCAAUAUCGAACGAUAAUGGUGACAGCUCGGAUGAUACAGUCGAGCCUCAGGUGCUUGUGGUUGAUAUUGGUGGCACUACGACCGAUGUAUGUGCACUGCUGCCAUCCGGCUUUCCGCGGCAGGCUCCCGGGUUCGUUGAAAUUGGCGGCGUUCGAACAGCGUUUUCAAUGCCAGAAGUUGUUUCAAUGGGUCUAGGAGGCGGCAGCAAAGUCGAAAUCGAAGAGGACGGCACAGUCCGCGUUGGCCCCGGCUCUGUUGGACACUUUCUUAAGAAGCAAGCCAAGAUCUUUGGCGGGUCAACAUUGACGGCAACUGACGUUGUUGUGGCUCUUGGCGAGGCCGAGCUUGGAGAUGCAUCUCUGGUCAAGGAUGUUUCGGAUCAAACCAUCAGUCUUGCUCGACAGGAAAUCAAAAGGAAACUUGAAAGAGUAAUUGAUCAGAUGAAGGUGUCAUCUGCGCCGGUUCAUGUGCUCCUCGUUGGCGGCGGUGCUCUCCUAGUCAAAGACGGGUUGGAUGGAGUUGAUAAAUGCAUCCAUCCUAUUCAUCAAGGUGCUGCCAACGCAGUCGGCGCUGCUAUUGCCAAAGUUUCUGGAGAGGUUGAUACGGUGGAGAUUCUAGAGGGUAAGAGUGAAAAGGACAUCCUCGACGCGGCUUGCGCGAGAGCCAUCGAUCAAGCCAUUGAGAAGGGCGCUUCUCCUGACGACGUACGCAUUGUUGAAAUAAACAAGAUGCCUCUGCAGUACAUGUCGCAAGUUACCGUUAGAAUCCAGGUUCGAGCGGUGGGCAAGCUAGCUAUUCCGGACGAACCGACUCCGCCACCGACCCCUCCGUUGGGUGAAAUUCCAGGUUACAAUGAGGAGGAAGACGAGAGGGAUGAGGAUGAAGGAGAAAAAGUCAGCGUGCCAAAUGCCCUUGAGCCAACUACCAAGCCGUCUCUACAUGUCGACCUGGAAACAUACCGUCCAGAUGUGCGGGACGGGAUCUGGUAUGUCUCAGAAAUCGACUUGGAGCUUAUUUCUACUGGAUGUGGUGUGCUUGGGACUGGAGGUGGAGGCCCUACUCAUUAUGAGUUUCUCAAAAGCUUGCAUGCACUGCGGACAGGGGGGCAGGGCAAAAUGAGGAUCAUUUCUCCCAAGUCAUUAGAUGAUAACGCUCAGGUAUUUUUCGGCUCAUGGUAUGGAAGUCCAAGCGUAAUCAAUGAGCGAUUGUCAUCGGGCAACGAGAUUGCUAGCGGUAUUGAGGCUUCAUCCAGAAUCGUGGGAAAAUCGAUUGAUGCAGUUCUUCCGGAUGAGAUUGGCGGCGGUAAUGGGCUCUCGUCCUUUCCUACAGGCGUCCACUUUGACAUUCCGAUUGUGGAUGGAGACGCGAUGGGCCGAGCAUAUCCAACAAUGUAUCAUGUCACUUUCAGUGUAUAUGGCCAUUCGUUAGUCCCUUGCGUUCUCACAGAUGCUCGUAAUAAUGUGAACGUCGUCAUGAGUACGGAUUCACCUGAGCGACUGGAGACGAUGCUGCGGACACAGGCCAUCGAGCUCGGUCUGAGCUGCGCAGCAUGUUCUGCGCCUCUCUCCGGUUCCGUCGUCAAGGAGUACGGCAUUCCUAAUUCCUUGUCAUUGACUUGGUAUUUGGGCCGCGCUAUUCACCAAGCGAGAAGGCGGAAGACGAGUUACAUUGACGCGAUUUUUGCUGAAUGUGCUGGAAAAGUCCUCUUCAGUGGCAAAAUCGUCGAUGUCAAACGCUACCUUGGAGGAGGCUAUACCAUGGGGUCCGUUAUUAUCGCCCCAUUGAAUAACGAAGAACGCGAUGCAGCAACUGCUAGCAAACACCAGGCCGCCUCAACUGGCCGACACAUGACAAUACCAUUUCAGAACGAAUACUUAUACGCUGCUCUUACCGAUGCUCAAGGAUCAGAAGAAUCUCAAGAGAUUGUAUGCACAGUGCCGGAUCUCAUUUCGAUCCUGGGACAAGACGGCGAAGCAAUUGGCUCGCAGGAUCUCAGAUAUGGCCUGCACGUCAGCGUCAUUGCACUGCCUGCACAUCCCCUUUGGAAGAGUGAAAAGGGCAUCAAGGUGGGCGGACCGGAGGGAUUUGGAUUCAAGAUACCCGUUGUGGAAGUGGAUAAGAAGUUCACAGAAUCAAGGAGCGUAAUUGAUGAGUUUUCGACAUAG